UCAUAAUGAAUGUUAUGCUAGAUUAUUUUAAGGGUACAAAAAAGAUACUGCAGUUUAUAAUGGAGGAUUGGAUGUUAUUGCUGAUUUUAACGGCAAUAUUUGCAAUUUAUUUUUAUUAUACAAGCACUUUCGAUUAUUUUGAGAAACGAAACAUUAAAUUUAUGAAACCCACAAUAUUUGUCGGAAAUAUGGGAAGAAGAUUAAAUAGUAAACAGUCGUUUCACGCUUUUCAAUUAGAAAUAUACAAUUAUUUCAAAGGAAGGCCCUUUGGAGGUUUUUUUGAAGGAAGAAAACCAGUUUUAUAUGUUUUGGAUGCAGAUUUAAUUAAAGCUAUCACAAUACGUGAUUUCGAUUGUUUUGUUGAUAGAAAUACAACGGAUAGCAGGCAACCAAAUUAUUUAAGACGCUCUUUGCUAAUUUUAAGAGGAACAGAAUGGAAAGGUGUUCGUAGUAUACUCACUCCUGCAUUCAGUUCAGCUAGACUGAAGAAUAUGUUACCACUGCUACAAUUGUGCUCUAGCCAAUUGGUAGAUUAUUUAAAGCAAUAUGAUGGAAAAGACAUAGAUAUGAAAGACACUUUGGGACACUAUACUUUAGAAACUAUAGGUGCAUGUGCUUUUGGUAUAAAGUGCGAUGCUCUCACUAACGAAAAUGCACACUUUGUUAAGGUUGCUGAAAAAUUUAACGACAUGUCCACCAUGAAGAGGAUAUUCAUACUCUCUUUAUUGAUUUUAACACCGCAACUGUUAAAAUAUUUGAAUAUUUCAUUCUUGAAUCAGGACAGUAUGAAAGAAUUGGUUACAAUGUUGAAAACGGUCAAAGCAGAAAGGAGGUCGACAGGAGUUAAAAAAAACGACUUCCUUCAAUUGCUCAUUGACGCUGCUGAAACUGAAAAAAAAGACUCGGAAACAAAUAAAACUAGACCCUACUUAGACGAUGACACCCUUGAUGCACAAUCAUUGUUAUUCUUGCUAGCUGGCUAUGAGACGUCCAGUACGGUUUUGUCUUUUGCGGUGCAUGUCCUUGCGACCAAACCGGAACUACAAGAGAAACUCCGGGCGCAUGUGGAACAAGUGACCAAUGAACAAGACAUGUCUUACGAUCUUUUAUCAAAACUCACUUAUUUAGAAGGCUUUCUAUUAGAGACAUUACGGAUGUACCCACCAGUGUCUCGAGUGGACAGGAAGUGCGUAAAGCAAUACACACUCCCAGGUACAUCGGUGAAUAUUAAUGUGGAUGAUGUUGUUGCAAUUCCGAUAUAUGGCAUACACAUGGACCCUGAGCACUAUCCAGAGCCGCACGAAUUCCGCCCAGAGAGAUUUAUGGGCGAUGAAAAGAACGCGAGACCGUCACACUUGUUUUUAGCUUUUGGGGCUGGCCCAAGAAAUUGUAUAGGUCUGCGAUUUGCCAUGUUUUCUGCGAAAUUGGCUAUGGUCAGUCUUUUAAAGAAUUUCAAGUUUACGACAUGUCCUAAAACAAGAGAGCCUAUCGAGUUCAAUAAGCGUGCAGUUCUGUUAAAAGCUGAGGGUGGCCUGUGGGUUCGACUUGAUAGCUUGUAAAAUGUUUGUUAACAAAAAUUGCCAUAUUUUUAUAUUUAUUAUAAGAUUAAUAAUAGUAAUUAUAUAAUACACAUGCACUUAUACUAUUAUCUGCUAAGUUUGUGUAUAUUAGCCCUUAGUAAAUUUGUAAAUGUCAGGGUAAGAAUAGAUAUCCACAAAUUAGAGUUGUAUAUUGAAAUGAGAAUACAGAGCAUACAAGGCUGUCUCUAUAUACCUAGUAAAUUUCGCUUCAUUUCAUUUAUAAUACAUCCACUAAAUGUGUGUAAAUGACAUGAAGAGAAGAAAUGUAUACAGAAAUUGGCAGACUAAGAAUUAUAUACCUCUAUAUUUAUACAUGUUUCCUACAACUUUAUGGCAUUUUAUUGCAAUUAUUUCUACUUAAAAGUAAGAAUUGUAAUUUUUAAUUAGAAAAGUUCAAAUUAUAUAAUGUGAUUUUACUGAUUUGUGAUAUUGCAGUACACAUAUAAAACAUUAAACUCAAAUUAUAUACACAAAUUGUUGACAUGAUCAGUGGUCAUAGUCAAAAUAAACGGAGGUGGUGGUUUAAAAAAUAAUGUUAAGAAAAAGUAAAAGUGUAUAAAAAUGUUAUUUACCAUUGCUUCUCAAAUUGUGAUUAUUUAAAAAUGUGAUAUUAUACACAAUUAUAUACAAAUAUUUUCUUUGAUUUAAUCGUAUUACUACUGUUCUUAUGAUCAGUAUCUAU